CCCGGGGGCGGGCGGGCGGCAGCACGGCGGCCCCUGCCAGAGCCCGUGCGGGAGCCGGAGCAGAGGCGGCCGCAGAGCACGGGCGCCGGCGCAGUAGGAUGAGGCAGCCAGCGGAUCCAGGAUUUAAGAGACACUGGCCUGCCUUGUUGCAAGGACUGGGUUAAGGGUGGGCCCUGGUCUGAAGAGGGCCCCUGCACUGAGCCUCCAGCAGCAUCUUUCUCUUGCAUUGUGCCGUGCGAGUCAUCAGCAGGGACUGCAGUUGACCUCUGGAGCCUGAGCCCUUGUGAAGCUGGCAAUGACAAGUCUGAAUGGUCGCCAUGCCGAGAAAACCAUUGACAUGCCAAAACCAUCAGCCCCCAAAGUGCACGUACAGAGGUCCGUGUCCCGAGAUACCAUCGCCAUUCAUUUCUCGGCAUCCGGGGAGGAAGAGGAGGAAGAGGAGGAGGAGUUCAGGGGGUACCUGGAGGAGGGGCUAGAUGACCAAAGCAUUGUAACAGGGCUUGAAGCCAAGGAGGACCUGUAUCUUGAUCCCCACGGUGGCCAUGACCCUGUGGGCCCAGCUGCCGCGACCAUCCCGGCAGAUGGACUGUUUGUAUCUGAGGGCCCUGCCAUUUUGCCCGUCUCUGAGAACACUGUAAAGCUGCUGGAGCCCCCUGCUCCGGCAGUGCAAGUAUUAAGUACAGUGCCACUGGCUCUGUCCCCAGGGUCGUCUUCAUCUGGGCCCUUAGCUAGCUCUCCCAGUGUGUCAUCCCUCUCUGAGCAGAAAACCAGUUCUUCGUCUCCAUUGUCUUCUCCUUCCAAGUCCCCCGUCCUUUCAUCCAGUGCCUCGUCCUCCGCGCUUUCCAGUGCUAAGCCCUUCAUGAGCCUGGUGAAGUCCCUGUCAACCGAGGUGGAGCCAAAAGAGUCCCCCCACCCCCCACGGCACAGGCACCUGAUGAAGACCCUGGUCAAGUCCCUGUCCACAGACACUUCCCGUCAGGAGUCGGAUACCGUGUCCUAUAAGCCCCCUGACUCCAAACUCAAUCUGCACCUGUUCAAACAGUUCACGCAGCCACGGAACACAGGUGGAGACUCCAAGACUGCGCCUUCUUCCCCGCUGACGUCGCCCUCUGACACCCGCUCCUUUUUUAAAGUGCCCGAAAUGGAGGCGAAAAUCGAAGACACUAAACGACGCCUUUCCGAAGUCAUCUAUGAGCCCUUCCAGCUCCUCAGCAAAAUCAUCGGGGAGGAAAGCGGCAGCCACAGGCCCAAAGCCUUAUCUUCAAGUGCUUCAGAACUCUCCAACCUGUCCAGUUUGAAUGGGCACUUGGAAAGCAAUAACAACUACAGCAUCAAGGAGGAAGAGUGUGACUCCGAGGGGGACGGCAGUGACCCCAACACUCCCAGGAGUGAACACCCGAAGCCCACCGAGGAAGCUGGGAAGGAAGAAGAGCCCAAGGGAUCCCAGGGGAGCAGUCUGAAGGAUUUAGGCCUCAAGACAAGUUCUCUUGUGCUUGAGAAAUGUUCUCUGUCUGCCUUAGUGAGCAAAGAGGAUGAAGAGUUCUGUGAACUGUACGCUGAGGACUUUGAGCUGGAGCCUGAGGGCGAGGGGAGACUUGAUAAGCCCCGAGAUGUCCCCCUCAAGCCAGAGGUGCUUGCCGAUGAUGGCUUGGUUCUGGACAGCGAGGACGAAGCUGACUCAGCCACCCAGCACCAGGAGUUACCAGUGAAGACGUUGGGCUUCUUUAUAAUGUGUGUCUAUGCGUACCUCAUCCUCCCCCUCCCCUACUACAUGAGCGGGCUCUUCCUGGGCAUUGGCCUUGGGUUCAUGACUGCUGUUUGCGUGAUCUGGUUUUUUACACCACCAAGUGCUCAUAAAUACCACAAAUCACAUAAAACUCUGCAACACUGGAACACAAGAUCCUUGGACAUCAAAGAGCCUGAAAUACUGAAGGGGUGGAUGAAUGAGAUUUACAGCUAUGAUCCAGAAACGUACCACGCCACGUUGACGCACUCAGUCUAUGUCCGGCUUGAGGGUGGCACCUUAAGGCUUUCAAAACCCAACAAAAACAUAUCCAGGAGGGCGAGCUACAAUGAGACAAAGCCAGAGGUCACCUACAUCAGCCAGAAAAUCUACGACCUCACAGACAGCAAGAUUUAUCUUGUACCUAAAAGUCUGGCUCGCAAACGAAUCUGGAAUAAAAAGUACCCCAUUUGCAUUGAACUUGGUCGGCAAGAUGACUUUAUGUCCAAGGCUCAGACGGACAGGGACACUUAUGAGGAGAAGCCACCUGCUGAGAAAGAGCUGGCAAGUGAAGACCUUAAGAAGCCACCCCAGCCUCAAGAGGGGACAAAGUCUAGCCAGAGAGACCCGAUACUGUAUCUCUUUGGGAGAACUGGCCGGGAAAAAGAAGAGUGGUUUAGGAGGUUCAUCCUGGCAUCUAAGCUGAAGUCAGACCUCAAGAAGCAGCCUGGUGUUUCUGGAAGUAAAUCAGGGCUUUUGCCCACCCACAGCAGACACAGCAGUCCCUCGGGGCACCUGACCCAUAGCCGAAGCAGCAGCAAAGGCAGCGUGGAGGAGAUGAUGUCCCAGCCAAAACAGAAGGAGCUGGUGGGCAGCGUGCGGCAGAAGGUGCUUCUGGACUACAGUGUGUACAUGGGCAGGUGUGUGCCCCAGGACGACCGAAGCCCCCACAGGAGCCCUGUGCAGAGUGCAGAGAGCAGCCCCACAGCUGGGAAGAAGGAGAGGCAGGUGAGAACUUCUGGCUGCUCUGUGCCAGGUCACCUGGGGAGACUGGAGGAUGAGCCACUGUCAAGGGAAGUGCCCUCUCAUGGAACUCAGUUGCCAGAAGCCCCACCCUCUGAGGAGGAAGAACAAGAAGCCUGGGUGAAUGCCUUGCUUGGAAGAAUAUUUUGGGACUUCUUAGGCGAGAAAUACUGGUCUGAUCUAGUGUCGAAGAAAAUCCAGAUGAAACUUAGCAAAAUUAAGCUCCCCUACUUUAUGAAUGAGCUAACGCUGACAGAACUUGACAUGGGUGUGGCUGUGCCAAAAAUCCUUCAGGCCUUCAAGCCUUAUGUUGAUCACCAAGGACUCUGGAUUGAUUUGGAAAUGUCUUACAACGGGUCCUUUCUGAUGACUCUCGAGACCAAAAUGAACUUGACCAAACUAGGUAAAGAGCCUCUUGUUGAAGCCCUGAAGGUUGGAGAAAUUGGCAAAGAAGGUUGCAGGCCCAGGGUAUACUGUCUGGCCGACAGUGAUGAAGAAUCCUCCAGUGCCGGCUCCUCUGAGGAAGAUGAUGCUCCAGAGCCCAGUACUGGGGACAAACAGCUGCUCCCCGGGGCUGAAGGGUAUGUUGGAGGUCAUCGAACAAGUAAGAUUAUGAGGUUUGUUGAUAAAAUUACGAAGUCAAAAUAUUUCCAAAAAGCAACGGAGACAGAAUUCAUUAAAAAGAAGAUUGAGGAGGUCUCUAAUACACCCCUGCUGCUAACCGUGGAAGUGCAAGAAUGUCGAGGGACCUUGGCGGUCAACAUUCCACCACCUCCGACGGACCGGAUAUGGUAUGGUUUCCGGAAGCCACCAUAUGUGGAGCUGAAAGCUCGGCCAAAACUUGGAGAGAGAGAAGUGACUUUAGUUCACGUGACGGAGUGGAUAGAGAAGAAACUGGAGCAAGAGUUCCAGAAAGUUUUUGUCAUGCCAAACAUGGAUGAUGUUUAUAUCCCUAUAAUGCACUCUGCCAUGGACCCUCGCUCCACUUCCUGCUUCAUGAAAGACCCCCCUGUGGAGGCCUCCGACCAGCUGUGAUGAAUGAAAAUGGGACAUUCCCAGUGUUAUGAGCCUAGCUCGAGGGGUGAGAUUUGUGGCUGCCAUCUGUGCUGUGGGGCUGGCCUUUGCUGGUCCACAGCCACUGUCUCUUAAGGACUGCUUCUGCCCUCUGCCCGCAGUGCCCAUUCCACUGUGAGGUGCCGCUCCCUGCAUCCAGUGACCAGUGUCUGGUUUGUCUGUUGUGAAGCUGUAACUGGCAAAGGAGACUGGAAGAACCGUCGUGGUGGAGCCAGAAGUUAUAGUUGACUAACAACGUGGCUUGCUUUUUUUUUAAAAAAACCUAGCAGGUUUUGUGGCAGCAAAUGAGCACAUUUGGAGCAAAGCUGACAACGGGAAGGCUUCCCCUCGCCUCCUGUCUCCUCCAGAGCUUUCCUCAGGCAGCUGGUGCACAGUGGAACAUUUUUCCACUCUACACUUUGUACGCAUGAUUGCAGCCCUCCGCACUUGGAGAAUGUCAUUGUGGUAACCUGUGUGGAGUGUGCUUUUGUGAGCCAUUUCAUCGGUGGUAAAGUUUGGCAUAGCAACUUUUUCUCAAUAUUGUGCAUUUUGGAAGCAAGUAGCCAUAGGACCCACCCACAAACAAACACUUUCAGCUGCGGUGGGGACAGUGGGUUCCACGUGAACAUCAGGCAAAGCCAUGACAUCAAACCAUCCCAAAUGAGGUACAAUCACCUUGCUUCUAACCAAUCCUGAUUAUUUUCUAGAGACAUGAGCAUAUGUGACAAUGUCAAACACUGCACAGUGACUGAUUGUUCCUCCCUGGUACUGAUAGGAUGGGCCAGAAAGCCAGAGCCAAGCUAUCCUUUUCUGGUUUUUCUGUGUGCUCCUAGAAGCCUCAUGUAGGAUGGGAGAGCCUUAUUCAUCUAACUGGUUUGGGAGGUUUGCGGGCAGUCCCCUUCUCUGAAGGCCAAAGAAGGACUGUUCUUUCCUUUCUAGUCAGCGUCAAGCACUACAUCUCCAUGUGCACUGUGACUUUUUUCAAUGUUGCCAACUUAAGUUUGUGCAUUUGUGUCAGAAUGUUUAGUUUACAAAUUUGGGGGCUCUAAUUUGCUUUGAGAAAACCUAAUUUUUGUUUGUUUAAAGCUGCAUCCAAUGUCAAAAUUACCUUGGGUAACUUUUGAUAAUUUAAUGUCUGUGGACAAAGCUAAAUAGUGUUUUUUUUUUAAAACAGCACCUUGCCUGAAGAUGACUUUAAAAAGAAAUUAAUAUAUUAAAAAAUAUAUUUGAACCUGUGAUUAUUUUAAUCAUCCCAUUAAAACAUGACAAAUUUGACCAUUCCAGUCUGUACUGCCCUAAUUAUUCAUUGUGUAGGCCAAUUCACCUGUAGAGUCCAAAUGUCUUGUUCAGUUUUCCUGUGCAGUAGUUACUGAAGGUGAGACUAGAUAGAAGCACUACAUAACUGUACCCUGCCGUACUUACUAUAUGGGGGACUUACAAUCUCAGUUUCACAAAAUAAAUUAUCUCAUG